AAUAAAGACCGAAAGGAGGAAGAGGAUGAAUAGAAGAAAUGAAUGAAAGCCGACAAAUGCCGGUUUCUUCUUAGAUCGGAUGUAAUAAGUCAACUUAUUUCUCCGUUUACUGACAAUCUUCACACACACACACGCAUACACAAAGCAAAGCAAAGCAACUCUUCACCAUAGCUGGGAGCUUCCCAUUUCACCCUCUCCCCCUCUAGGUUUUCGCUAUGGAGCCGGAAAAUUUCGCCGGCAAGGUUUUCCGCUCGGCGGCGGGAGAUCCGGAGACGAGGCAGAGAGCGACGGACGCCACCACCGGCGGCGGCGGCGGAGGCGGAGGGGCAAGGUACAAGCUGAUGUCUCCGGCGAAGCUUCCGAUCUCGAGGUCGACUUGCAUCACGAUUCCUCCUGGACUGAGUCCGACGUCGUUUCUGGAGUCUCCUGUUCUCCUCUCCAACAUCAAGGCAGAACCGUCCCCUACUACCGGUUCCUUGUUCAAGCCUCAACCGGUGCAUGGUUCUGUUAGUUCGAGUUGCUACCCGGGAAGAACAGUACACCUGAAUACAUUUGAGGAGAAGAAGUCUAGUGAAUUUGAGUUCAGACCAGCUCCGGUGUCUAAUAUGGUUUCUGCAGAGCUGGAAAAGCAGAGAAGUGAGCCACCUGCUCAAUUCCGAGGUCGCGGCCACAGCCUCUCGCAGAUUCCAUCUUUGAUCAGUGAAGCAGUUGCAUCCUCAAGUGAGCUGACCCGACCAAUUCCUCCUCUUCAGACAAUAGCCAUAGGCUCUGAUAUUCCUGCUGGAUCUGAUGUGGAUGAAUCAAGCCAGGCAUCGCAGAACGAUCAGAAAGGAAGUGCACCGUCGGUCUUAGCUGACGAUGGUUAUAACUGGAGAAAAUACGGGCAAAAACACGUGAAAGGAAGUGAAUUUCCGCGCAGCUAUUAUAAAUGCACACAUCCUAACUGCGAAGUGAAAAAGCUAUUCGAAAGGUCUCACGAUGGGCAGAUCACCGAGAUAGUAUAUAAGGGUACACACGAUCAUCCUAAACCUCAACCUACCCGUCGAAACUCGGGUGGUCUUCUUAUGUCUGCGCAAGAAGAAAGACUGGACAAGUUUUCUUCCUUAACUGGCCGAGAUGAGAAGGGAUCCAGCAUGUACAAUAAUGGGUCUCAACCCUUCGAGCAAAAUGGAAACUCCGAGGUAUCUCCUGUCUCGGCAAGCGAGGAAGGUGGGGAAGUUGCAGUGUCGAAUAGGAAUAAUGAUGACUUGGAUGAUGAUGAUCCAUUCUCGAAACGGAGGAGGAUGGAUGGAUGUAUGGAAAUAACUCCACUUGUUAAACCGAUCCGGGAGCCUCGUGUUGUUGUUCAGACAUUGAGUGAGGUUGACAUACUGGACGAUGGUUAUAGGUGGCGCAAGUACGGGCAGAAAGUCGUUAGAGGAAACCCUAAUCCCAGGAGCUAUUACAAAUGCACAGCUCCUGGUUGCCCCGUGAGAAAACACGUAGAGAGGGCAUCACAUGAUCCGAAAGCUGUAAUAACAACGUACGAGGGCAAACACAAUCACGACGUACCCACUGCGAGGUCUAACAACCAUGACAUGUCGGCUGGACAACCUAGGUUCAGACAUGAGGAAGCCGACACAAUCAGCCUCGACCUCGGCGUUGGAAUAGCUUCGGGGCCCGAUCACACAUCCAACGAGCACCAGACACAACAGAUUCACCCUGUGUUCGUCCACCAAACUCACUCCAAUGGAGCUGCUGGUUUCAGGUUUGUCCAUGCAACUCCCAUGGCGUCUUAUUAUGCCGCCGCCUUAAACGGCAAUGUGAACCAGUAUGGCCCGAGAGAUACCAACCCAGGUGAGGCUCAAACAGGAGAGAUAUCGUCGUUGAACCAUUCCUCGCAUCCCUGUCCACAGAGCAUAGGAAGAAUACAAUCUGGUCCAUAGAAAGCUUGCCACCAUGAAAUACAACAACAGUCUUUGAUUCUUCCUAGGUUAGGAAUGGAACGAGCUGUUCUAUGUAAUAUACAUACAUAUAUAUACAUAUAUAUAUAUAUAUAUAUAUAUAUGUCCUGAUACUGAGAUGGGGAGGUCUGGUCUUGAAUCUGAUUCAAAACUAUACCUCCUUCCAACAUAUUUACUGCUUUUUUUUUUUGUGUUCUGCCUCAGUGCUUUGUAACUUUUGAAGCCACGAUGUGUUGUAAAAAAACACAGAGCUUAACGUUUGUAUUAACAAAAACAACAAUGUAUUCGUACAAAUCUCCA